AUGUCGCUACCACCACUACGUAUAGAAGUCGAGGCGGACCCGCUGGACGAUCGAAACUGGGUUCAUGUCGACGGUUCUUCGGACGGUAGCAGCUCGCAGCAGCAUACAGCCGAUCCUACCACGAGCGAUGGGUUUCUGGGGAUUACUCGUCCGCGCAGAAGCAUAGAUGGCUCAGGACUUGGUGGUUCAAUCCGCCGCAAGCUACGAGAGGUCAAGGAUGCCAGUGCCAGGAGCUUCAAGCGACGUCCGAGCUCUGUCUCCAGGGCGUCAGAGUCAGCCGUCGACUCUGACUGCAGCGCGAACGGAUCGCAGCUCUUUGGUCCAUGGGAGAACGGAAAGAAGCGAGAAUAUCGAUCGCAGUCCGAAGUCCUCUCAACGCGACCAUACGUGCACCACAACAUGAGCUCGUCGUCUAUUUCGGCGGCGCGCCAAGCUGAUCCGCUCUUGCGCUCUUCUCCUUCCCCCCCGAAAGACUCGCCGAGACAGAAAUUCGAGGACGUCUUCAUUGACGACGAUGACCAGGUUGCCUCUUCGGCCGCAGAGUUAUCCUCCACAUUGGGCGUGGCGCAGGACUCGACUAUGCUGGAUGUGACUGUGCCACAGCUUUUGCAACAAGGUGUGCCUAUGCUGAAGGUGUCUGCGAAGAAGCAAAAGCGGGUGAUGAUCAAGCUAGACCCUGAUCAGGGGCAGAUAGUUUGGGAAUCGAAGAAACAUAGAAUAAUUCCCAUAGAGAACAUCAAGGAGCUGCGUGCAGGUGCAGAUGCUCGUUAUUAUCGUGAACAGUUCCAACUUGCGCCACAAUUCGAGGACCGGUGGCUUACAGUUGUGUACGUGCUGGACGGAGGCUACAAGACUCUGCACUUGAUUGCAUCGACGCGCGAUGUGUUUCAGAUGUGGGAUACUACCCUGCGCGGACUGUAUGCUAUCCGACAAAAACUUGGCAGUGAGCUGGGCCAUACGGAAGUUCGUCAAGCCGUGUGGGAGAAACAAUUCUGGCGUAGUGCGGCUACCGAAACUGAUGCGGAUCAGCUACUUGAUUUUGCGGAAGUAGAGCGUAUGUGUAGACGUCUUAAUAUUCAUCCGGCUAGGGAAGAGCUGCUUCGCGAGUUCCAGCAAGCCGAUAGUCAACACCGUGGGUAUCUUGACUUUACAGAUUUUCAGCGAUUCGUGAAAGCCUUGAAACGACGCCCGGAGGUUGAAGCAUUGUACAUUUAUGUGACAAAGGACAGUGGGGGUGCGCUUACCUAUCAUGCAUUCGAAAAUUUCAUGCGGUCCUCUCAGAAGUCGUCCCUUGGAAGAUCAGAACUUGAGCGUAUUUUCCUCCGCUAUGCAACAACCUUCCCCGAUGAUCAUAACAGCUCGCCUCCAUCUUCUCCGCCACAACGCCCUCUGGACCUUGCAGCGCGGUCGCCUACACCAUCGUCGCAAUCUCUUGGCCAGGCUAGCAGUUCUGCGGCCUUACCAACAGUACCAAUUACCCCAACAUUGCCAUCUGCAUCGGUUCACUCUCAGGAUGAAGCUUGGAUGACUUUGAAGGGCUUUACGACAUUCCUUCUUUCGACAGACAAUUCAGCAUUUUCCGACCAGCAUGGCAAGGUCUACCAUGACAUGACACAACCACUUCCGGACUACUUCAUAUCCUCGUCGCAUAAUACUUAUUUAGUUGGACAUCAGCUUGUCGGAGAGAGUACCAUUGAGGGGUAUAUAAGGGCGCUCUUGCACAGCUGCCGAAGCGUGGAAUUGGACAUCUACGACAGUGACGCAGAGCCAGUCGUUUAUCACGGGCACACGUUGACAUCAAAGGUCUCACUUCGAGAUGCAUGCACUGCAAUCAACAAGUAUGCAUUUGUGGCAUCUCCCUACCCCAUUAUCAUCUCAGCCGAGAUCCACUGCUCCGUGCCACAGCAAGAUAUGAUCGCCAGCAUCAUGCAAGAGGUAUUUGGCGAUGCACUUGUGUGUGCGCCUAUCGAUGGGACACCUCAGAUAGAAACACUACCUAGCCCAGAGGAUCUCAAAGGUCGCGUGCUAUUAAAGGCCAAAAAUUUAUUUGUUACUGAUAAAGAUAGCAAGCAGGAGAGAGAAGCCGUCUCUGAUGCAGAGUCAUCUUCCACUGAAAAUAUCUCUGACUUGGAUUUGGCAGAAGAUUCGCGGCGCAGAGGGCGGGAAUUUGAUGCUGAUAUUCGCCGAGACCUUCGGCAUGAAUUCCAGAGGGCCCGGACUGCAUUAGUGCGCGCAGCCCAUAGCCCUCCGCCCGCUCUGUCGCGUUCACCACGACAUAACGCAUAUGAGCUUCCGCCCAGUCAUCGCUCCCCCUCGAAAACAAAGAUGUCGAUGGCUCUGGCCGCGCUUCUAGUUUACACUAUUGGGGUCAAAUGUCGCGGACUGAACAAGAAAGAGGUAUACGCACCUGAGCAUAUGUUCUCACUCUCGGAGAAUAUGGCGAACCGAAUCCUGAAGCAGGGAAUGACAGAUUUGAUUAAACAUAAUCGGAUGCACCUCGUCAGGAUAUACCCGAAGGGUACGCGGAUCGGCUCGACCAACUUCGAGCCACAUAGGUUUUGGUCUGCAGGCGCGCAGCUGGUGGCGAUCAACUGGCAAACUUUCGACAUGGGCUACAUGAUCAACCACGCAAUGUUUCAGAGAAAUGGUCGCGUGGGAUACGUGUUGAAGCCGUUAGCGUUACGUACAUCAGACAAGCAGCUUUUGGUCAAGCACACUAGUCAUCGUCUUGACGUUGUCAUCAUCUCUGCACAGCAGCUCCCCCGUCCGAAGGACUCGCAAGGCCGUGAGAUCAUCGAUAAAUCCGUAAUUGACCCUUAUGUUGAAGUGUCGAUACACGUUCCUGACUGGCCUCAGUCGCCUGGAAAUCUCACUGCUUCACGGAAUAGCUCUCGUGUGCGGUCUCCCUCAAAGUCUCCCGGUCCAUCUGGCGACUCCCAACGGACUGCGACUCCCGCACGGACCGUGGCGCAACGGACGGGAGUGGUGAAAAACAAUGGAUUUAACCCGGUCUGGAAGCAUCCUCUGAGUAUUCCUUUUGACCUUGCCGGUGAUAUGCGGGACCUGGUCUUCGUGCGAUUCGCAGUGCGGCAGGACGGGGCGUCGGACGAUGAACCGCUUGCAGUGUAUUGCGCCAGCUUGGGUAGUUUGAAUAUGGGAUACCGACAUCUUCCUCUGCACGACGCUCAGCUCUCGCAGUACUUGUUCUCAACUUUGUUCGUCAGGCUCAAUGUCCGCACCUUGUGA